CUUCCUCUCAUCUUGUGGCCGCGUCGCCGCCGCAGCCGGCCACGCAGGCGAGCCGCCACCACCGCCACACAAGCACUCGAGCGAGCACUCGCCGCGGGCGUGCGUGUGAGCGGCCGCCGCUUGGGGUGCGCAGGUGAGCCAUCGCCACCGCGCACAGGCACGCGCAUGCGCACGAGCGAGCAGCCCCCGCGGUAGCGCGGCCGAGCAGCCACUGUCGCCAGCACACGGGCAAGCACCGCCGCCGAUGCGCGAGUACGCGCACCAGCGCUUGGUCGCGGAGCUCACCGAUCUCCGCGAGCUCGGACUCUUCCACGACGCCAAGUGGGUGCGGUUGCAGCUCGUCAGCCGCGACGCCGAGUUCAAGAUGCUGUUCGGCCGCCCCGCGCUCCUCUACGCCGACCGCGCCGUUCUCUGGCCGCAGGGUCCGCUACAUCAAGGACUACAUCCUCAAGCACGUCCUCCCCUUCUACGGAGAAAAGGUUCAUUUUGGUGGAAAGAUAUUACUAAGCUGCUUACCUCUUUCAAAGGAAUGGCCAUGAUACAUUUAAAUGAUGGUGCUUCUUGUCUGUUUUGGGAAGACCUUUGGCUAAAUAGAAUUCCAGAACAACAAUUCCCUGAACUUUUUUCCUUUGUUAAGAAGAAAGGAAUAUCAUUAAAAGCAGUAAGAGAAGCUAUUGGACAUGAAGUUCUUUUCCACCUGCCAAUUUCAGAGAUUGCCCUCCAGCAGCUGCUGAUUCUUGCUGAGGAUCUUAAUAAUCUGCCAGAAACUUCUGAGCCAGACUUAUGGUCAUAUAUUUGGGGAUCUCCAGACUUCUCAAUCUCCAAAACCUAUGUUCACCUCACUGGUCAUCGUGUCAUUCAUGCUGCAUAUAAAUGGCUUUGGAAAUCAUCAUGUCAAAAUAAACACAAGGAGAUGAAUCACUACAGCAUCUCUUUAUCCGGUGUCCAUUUUCAAUUGAUUGUUGGGCAAAUAUUGGCCUUAUGGUGGGAGAUGAUACACCUUUUGCCACCUUGGAGCAUCUUAAACAGCAACUUGUUGUGCCUUUCUUCAUGGAGGUUAUUAUCUUAAUGAGCUGGAGUAUUUGGACGCAAAGAAAUGACCAGAUUUUUAAAGGAAUUCAACCCAGCAGCGAUUCAUGUCUUCAACAUUUCAAGAAAGAAUUUGCCUUAGUUAUCCUAAGAGCAAAAACUAGGCACAAAGAAAAUAUGUCUCUAUGGCUAGACACCCUUGUAUAAUUUUUCUUUUUUUUGUUUCUUUCUUCGUGUCAUGAGUUUCUUGUAUUAUGAACCUUUUUGUAUCUUUCUUUUAAUAUAUAAUCAGUAGGGGACUACUCCUCCUGUUUUAUCAAAAAA